UACCGCGGGGCAGGCAGGGCCCCACCCCGGCCGGGGCCGUCCCACCACGGGCCGCGGCCUCCCGGGAGCGGGCGGCCCUGGAGCGGCGCUUGGGGAGGGCCAGGCCCGAGCCGGCUGCGAGUCCCGGGGGCCCGACGCGAUGCUUUCUUUACCUAUCGAAAGAAUGUGCUUCUGGCGAAGAGCCCGUCCACCCAGAUAGAAGGUGUCUUUGCUGCAACCAGAGGAAGAUCAGUUCCAGAAGAGCAAGAAGCCCUUCUCCAGCAGUGGCUGGAGGAAGGAGUAGAGAAUUUGCCAGCCAGUGAGAGAGUUCCAGCAGUGAGGAAAGCAUCAGUUACACUCACUAGUGACUGGUUAGAAGGUUCACAGCUGUUGAUGACCAGCCUCAGUGACCUGAAUACAUCUCCAGAAGUCACCCGGUGUGCUGAUCAGCAGCACUCAGAGCUAAAUGCCUUGGCUUCUUCAGAACUGCAAGAUAAUGCAGUAGCAGAACUAGCAAGAUUACCAUCAGAGGAAACAGUGACUGUAGCAGGCAGUGCCCCUUGGGCAGCUGUGGUGCCACAGACAGAUCACCAGACAGCUGGCUGUGCUGGUAUCAACGUGGAAGUGCUGAAUGAUGACCCAGCUGUGCUGGCCUGGAGUUUAGCAUGUGAUGCAGAGACAGUGCCACCAGUGCUCCCAGCCCAGCCCAUUCAGGAUGCGGUGCCAUUUUAUCCUGUCUCAACGGAGGUGCCCUACCAUGAGAUCUUAUGGAGAGACUGGGAGGAUCUUUCUGUCCAGCCCUGUGUCUUAGAGCAGGUCUCAAAAAACACUCCCCUCUUUGAAUUUCGAGUCAUGUCUUACAACAUCCUUGCCCAGGACCUGGUGGAGCAGGGCCUUGAUCUCUAUGUACACUGUCAUCCAGACAUCCUGAACUGGAACUACCGCCUUCCAAACCUUUUGCAGGAGAUCCAGCACUGGGAUCCUGAUGUUCUGUGUCUCCAGGAGGUGCAAGAGAACCAUUACUGGGAGCAACUGGAACCAACAUUCAAGGAGAUGGGCUUUGCUUGCUUCUAUAAACGGAGAACCGGGACGAAGACAGAUGGAUGUGCAGUGUGCUAUAAGCGCAGCAGGUUCCAGCUGAUCAGUCUCAGCCCCAUAGAGUACUUCCGGCCUGGCCUGGACAUCCUCAACCGGGAUAAUGUGGGCUUGGUGCUGCUUCUGCAGCCUGUGCUCCCUGAAGGUCUGGGUCUGAAGGCAGUCAGUCCUUUGUGUGUGGCCAACACUCAUGUGUUGUUCAAUCCCCGUCGAGGAGAUAUCAAACUGGCCCAGGUGGCCUUGCUGCUAGCAGAGAUUGACAAAAUCGCCAGAACUACUGAAGGCAGCUACUAUCCUGUCAUCUUGUGUGGAGACCUGAACUCUGUACCUGAUUCUCCACUCUACAAAUUCAUCCGGAAUGGUGAACUUUCCUACCAUGGGAUGCCAGCCUGGAAGGUGUCUGGUCAGGAAGACUUUUCCCAGCAAUUGUAUUCACGGAAGCUGCUGGCUCCACUGUGGCCGAGCUCACUGGGUGUAACAGACAAGUGCCAGUACGUCACCCUGUGCCAGCCAAAGAAACCUGGGAGACGUGAAUACAGCCGUGACUUCCUGCUGCAGUUCCGCUUUUGCGAUGUUGCCUGUGAACGACCGCCGCAGCUGGUCCUCCUGGAAGGUGUGACAGAUGCUAAACCAGACCGCCCUGCACACUGGCCCAAGCCUGCUGCCAUGGUGAAAGACCCUGAUCCCCAGCCAUUCAUCCCAAGGUGUUCAGGUGUUAUCCAGCAUGGCCUCAACCUGACCUCUGUCUACAGCCACUUCUUGCCACAGAGGGGACGCCCAGAGGUCACAACAAUGCCCAUGGGGCUCGGAGCUACUGUUGAUUACAUUUUCUACUCAGCAGAGCCUGUGGAGAGCAAGGCGGGUCGCAGGCUGUACAAGGAUGGAGCCCUGAAGCUGCUUGGCCGUCUUUCUCUUCUCUCUGAAGAUGUCCUCUUGAUGGCAAAUGGCUUACCAAAUCCUUUUUGUUCAUCUGAUCAUCUCUGCCUACUGGCUAGCUUUGGCUUGGAGAUCUCCAGCCUCAGAGAGAGUUAGUGUUGGUUCUCUUUCCCUAAAGAAAAGUUGUUCUGAAAACAGCAAUUCAGACUCUGGAUUGCACAACCUGCUUGCAAGAAAACCCUUUUCCUUGUCAUGUCCUAAAAGUCCUUUUCUCCCCUCACACCCUCACUAAACGCAGGGAUGGGAGAGUUGGAGUGCUUUUUGCAUUGGUAUUUUCUGCAUCUCUGCAAACCUGAGCUGUGUUCCCAGUGGGCUGCCAGGUGUAUUCAGGCAUUAGCAUCUCUUUAAGAGACCCUUGUUCCACUGCCUUGGUUGGUAGGUGUUUUUGUGCUGCAGGAACCAACAUUUAUUUGUCCCUUUGUAAGAUUUUCAAGGAGCUGGAAAAGAGAGGGGCAAUGCUAUCUGCUUUUGGUUAGUUUAAUUGCUACCAAGGAGCAUGGGAUGUAUAUGCCAAUAUUCUUUCACACCAAAACAAGUUCUUGUAGUUCUUUUCUCAGUAAUAGUUCAGUACUUUCAGGGCUAGUUGUUGCAUUGCCUUUUAGAUUGGAUCUGCUAACUGCUUAGAAAAGUCUUUUACUUAAUAAUCUGUAAGGGCUGACUUGCUGACAGAAGGAUUUGUGUGGUGUAAUAGUUUCUACAAGAAACUUCUUACUGUGACUAGUGGACCAAGGAAUGGGAUUGCCAGGAAUGGAACAAGGAGUUCUGCAGAGCCACUCACAGCAGCUCUAGAACUGCAGCAAAAGCCUAGAGGCCUUGGGGAAGGCUUCCUUCCUUUCUAGCAGUCUCAGAAUGGUACCUGAUUUGUCAUUUUUAGCAAAAAUAUUUAGGAUCCUCCCAGUGAAUAUCCUGUGGAAAAAAAUUACCCUGAAAGGCAUGAUAACCCCAGAGCGAUGAAAAUGGAAGGCAUGUGGGAGUCAGCAGAGCCAUCAGAUGGAAGAGCUGGUCUUGUCACUUGCCCUGUUCUUUGUGCACUCCCUGCUGCGUUCAGCCUGCCAGGGGUCAAUAGCCAACCUGCAAUGUCCAUCUCCUGCGCCAGACUGAAGCCCAUGCUGCAUCCUUCUUCUGCACCCAGCCAUGUUUAGGUGUAGGUAGAACCCUUAGGAUCAACUGCUGUCUCUUGACAUGUGUUGGGAGGAAGGGGAAGGCUGUGUAACUUGGAGCCAGACUGCAGUCACUUGGAUCCCAGCACACCUUUGGUGUCCUAUCAGUGUGCUCUUGCAAGCAGUGGCUUGGCCAGUACAAAAGCAAUCAAGCUGUACCUGUUCCUAGAGUAAAUUCCCCAGUUCAACGUGACAUUUGGUGCUCAGUUUUUCCCUAAGAUCUGAAACCAGUCUUGACAGAAACCAAUAUUGGCAGAAACAUUAUCAAUCUUCUGUUCACAAACAAGGCAGAAAAUCUGGUCCCACCUCUGGCUUUUGCAGGAACGUACGGGAGACUUAAAACAUUGUUUGUUCUUCAUGAUCUAUAUUGAAGGACUUUGAUAUUUUAAAUGUUACUUUCUUUAUUGAAAAAUAAAACACUGCUAAUCUGAGAAAAUACCACAGAGUAACUGUGGCACUUGUAUUUCUGGCUGCUGAACCUCUGGAGACUUGCUUGACAAGGGUUUGCUGGCUGCAAGGUGAAAGAGGGCGAUAGGCUACACAAGAAAGUAAUGAAGGUUGAAGAGAGGGAGGAAAUAAGCCUAAUUUAAUGUCCCAAGACAUCCCUAAAUUCCAGAAGGGUCUUCCUUGGCGCUGGAUUUGUCUUGCCCCUCCAUCCCCCACCUCCCCCUCAGAAAGAUUUGCAUUCAGGAACCCUUGUCCUCCCUAAGAAAGGAAUGCUCCUGAUGUUUACAGCUCACUUCUGUAAACUACAAGGUGUGUGAGGGGGAGGGAGUUGUGUUCUGUGCCCUUGUAAGGAUUGCAGAUUCCCCUCUUGCCCUGCCAGAUGGUGUGGUAUUUGUCUGGUGAUGUGUGGAUGGCUUUUGCUACCAUUUGUGAGUUUCUGUAAGUGAACAGCAGUCUUGAGGGGGGUGUGAAUAAUUUUGCCCUUAGGUAAUAGUUCUGGCAUGGCACUGGUACAUGCGGAGGGGUGGAUGCAGAGGUUUGCAUUUGUAUGACUGUUUAUCUCACAGUUUGACUGAUUUCUGCAAGUACUCUUACUCUGAUUUUGUAUUUAUAAAGAGAGGGAGAGAAAGGGUAAACUGAGAGCUUUGCUUUUUAUUUGGCUCAAAAAGCUUGCCAGAAGGCAGCCUGGUUGCAGAUGACUCCCUCCUGCUGUUAACAUUGUAAUAGGAACCUUAGAAGACCUAAAGGUCUAACAACAACCAACCAAAAGCACCAUAAAAAAUUCUGUGACACAUAGUGUUGGCACUUAGAACUUCAGCUGUGUGCUUCUAUUGUAAUUGCUGGCUGAGUCUGAGGUCAGUUGGUGAGGAGGUGUGUGAGAGUGUGUGUGUGUGUAUGUGAAAGCUGCCCAUAAGAGAGCCAGACUGAGCUCUCUUGAGACCCAUAAGGUGUGCACCAUACACCAGCAGAUGAACUGGCUGGCCGUGCACUGCCUGAAGCACCCUGCCAGUCCUGUGAUAUAACUCAGGUGAAGGACCUGUGUUCCAGUAUCACAAGUGCUUUUUCCAUUUUAUAUAAACCAAAACCUUGACUUGUGGGAAAAUUGCAUGGAAGCAUCUCAGGGAGAUUUUGAGAUUCCAGCUAUACUUUGCUGGAAAAUCUAAUGUUGCACAGGUCAAACUAGUGGUUUCCCUUUCCAUGCAUGAAAUAAUGUGGUAUACACUUGGAAUUGUUAAGUUUUUGAACACUGGAUCUCAAGUCAUGUGCAGAGAAACCCCAGGACAAUGCCUACAAGUACCCUUAUUCUUCUUUCCGGAGGGUAUAGUGUUCCCAGGCUGACUUGCACCUCUCAAAGCCCUGCUUAUUCAUGUUUUGUUGGGCACUCAUAGGUGAAAAUAUGACAGAAAUGCAGGACCAUGGCUAGUGACUGUAUAGAGACACAAAGGCAGAGUUGAAAACUUGAUCUCUGUGUUUAUUUUGACCACUGUCACAGGAGCUCUGGUAUAGACUCUUACAGAGGUGGUCUGUUUCAGGAAAAUAAAACCCCCUGUAUUCCAGAGCAAUUUGGAGUUAAUAUUAAAGGGAUCUGGAGACCUGUGAAUGCCUCUUGAAUGUGUGGGAUUAUAGGAGAGGUUUGGAGGGUGGGGUUGGUAGAAAUUUCCUAACUGUAAAAUUGCGACUAGCAUUGGAGAGUUGGGAGAAAAAUAAUGUGUUUUGUGAUGCUUUAAGAAUAGCACCCACAGAUACAAUCAGAGCCUCUGGUAAUGAGAAUUGUGAUGGGAUGCAGAACUGAGAUUCCAGAUGUAGCUCUUAAAACUGUUUCUGGACCUAAAUGCAUGAUGAGUUUUCAUUAACACAGCUUUCUGAUGAAUUACAGAGGGAUCUGUAAAUGGUUCUGAAAGUAGAACAGCAGUAUCUGCAAUGCUCAGAAAGGGGAGGUGUCACACAGGUAAUUACCAGCUACAUGACCUUAGUAGUGAUGUAGUGUUCAGGGAGACUGGUGCUUAGGGGAACUGGUGCCAGAAACCACUGGCAGUGUGUGUAUGUUCCCUGUUAGCAGCCUCCUAAGCAUGCAGCUGUUCUGCAAUCAAGUAUUUGACUAAGUAUCUUUGCUAAAAAACAGUUUAAUUUGCACCACAGCUGCUAGGCUGUAUUUAGUUAUUCUAUUUAGAUAGAAGUUGGACUUCCUUCAUUUUCUCAGUUUUAAGUUCAUUGCUUCAGGAGGUUGCCCUUCAUAAUCAGUUUUCCCUAUUACAUGGGAUGGGAGGAGUGGUAAACAAUAUAAUUGCUCUAGCUUCUUUCCUGUUCAUAAUAAAUGAAACUUGGCUGCUGUUAGAGGUCCUUUCUCCAUGCCUUUUUCUUAUGAGCUAUUUCUCCAGCAGCUGUUUUCCCAUGACUACUCUAUCCACUUAUCUUUCUGAGUUACUGAUGUUUAUUUUUUCUGCAGCUGUAUUUCUUCAGUUACAAGUUAUGGGUGCAAUUCUCUAGGGCUAAGUGUUAUAAAUGCAACAUAUAAAUGGUGUCAAGAUGUAAGAUAGUGAGUUUCCUCACCCCUGAAGAAUUGAGUGGGAGGAGUGGGAGCUCUGAAAUGAACACUUAGAUGGGAGUAACACUUGUUAUAUAAAACAAAAAAAACCCAGAGUUUCAGAUUUCUUGUUGGUGCUCUGUAUGCCGCCUGCUUUGUGAAGGCAGAACUCUGAAAUAUGCUUGACCUUAGUUUGUCUUCUCUGAGGAGUCUCCAAGAGGUCGUAAUAAGUUCAGCAUCUCAGCGGAUCAAGGUAUGAGUCCUGCUCUUAAGGAUGUGUUGAUGAUGGUGUUGGCAAACAGUCUGCAAAGCAGGGUGUUGCUGCAGUCCAAUAUCUGCUCCCAUUGCCACCACCUCACCAUUGAACAUUUAUUGGAUGUUUGCAGACAUAUCCGUGGGUCAUCCAAAUGCAGAUGAGCCCUUUUGUUGCUUACCUAGAGGGGGAGCACAUAGUGGGAUACCAUCUCCUUUCUGGCUUCCUGUUGUGCAGACUAAUUGAAUUGCUGGCUGUCACCUGCUUCUUACCAGACUGUAACUGCCUGGCCUGUAGUGCUUCCCAUAGCACUGUCAUGUUGAAAUGCACAAGCUGAAUUGAAUAUACUGCACCGUGUUUCUAACUAUGACACUGAGUUUCUGAAAGGAACUCACCUGUUAAAAUGAUAGCCAAGAUGACAGAUUAAACAGCUGGCAUGCCUCUAACUCCUUUUGUCAGCUGUAAACGUGUGGCAUCUCCUGUCAAGGCAAGUUGUCCUGCUUCCACUGAAAAUGUCAUGCUAGUCUUGAAGCUAUUUUUUUUUGUUUAUUUAAAAAAUUAUUUUCUUUCAGAUUUAGGGUGUACAUUCUUAUGUUCUUGUAUAAUAGCUGGAAAAUUUUUUGUAACUUUGUUAAGACAAACACAGCAGCUUUCAAGGUCCAGGUCUGUCAAGUAGGAGAACUAAGCUAGACACUGGCUUGUGCUGCAACAAAAGAUGUUUGUUCCAUCCAGUCUUCAAUUUCUACACACCAGGAAAAAAACCCAAAAACUAAACAACAACAGAAAAAAAAGACCAAAAAAACCCAACCAAAAAACCACCAAAACCAAAACUCCCAAAAACCCUUGGCUUCAAGCCUUAGCAAUUUUAUUCAGUUUUGUGUUAUUUUCUUUCUGAAUGCAAAGCCUUCUACUUAUAUUUAUUCUAUAUAUUCAGUUAUUGGCCAGUGCCUGGAGCUGCUCUUGAACUGGGAGUAGAUGAAUGCAGUAAUUAUUCUAUAGUUAUUCCUCUCCUCCUUUCCUCCCUUAACAUGAGGAUAGAGAUAGGAUAGAACUCACUCUUUGCCAAAAUAAAAAUAUAAUCCAGGAAAACAAACCUGACUGAGUUAACUUAAUUCUGUAAUGGGCUGCUACCCACAGCAUGUCAUAUGCCUUUGCCUGCCAUAAUCCUGCAGUUGCUGCAUGAGUGCUGCUCUUAAGGCUCAGUCUUGCUCUCUCAUGAAUGAAUUUCUGUGUGCUUUUAGACAUUUGAGAGCCUUAAGUCUUGGGCCUCAGUGUAAAAACUGACAGGGUGUGUUUUUUUGUUUGUUUCUUUUUUUUUAUUAUUUUCUGCUUCAACAUGUUUAUCAUUACCACAAUAAAGAUUUUCCACUUAAGGUCCAAGCAGCAUAAUCUCUAACUGAAUUGAAAACUAAAACUGCAGGAACAACCAGUAGCAGGGGAACAGCCUGAUGUACGAGGGAGCAGAAAGUCUAUGGCUGCAUCACUGUUUUGCUAUUCUCACUCCACCCUGACCUAUACAUCCCUAGGGGAUAUAGGAGUUACCUGAUUUAAAGCAAAAUGUAUAAGGCAUGCAGGAGAGGGUGUUUUCAAGCCAGCAGAAGUAGAUGUUUAGAACUGUGCAAUUACUUUCCCUCAGGGCAGAAGCAGUUCAUAUAAUUAACUUGGCUAAGAUGGACUAUUGCAUGUGUCUUUCUCUUUGGAGUAACAGGGCAGAGAAUGUUUAUUCCUUUCCUAUACACACUGUAGGCUUGCCUACAUCCUGGCCCUGGUCCCAGCUAUUACUCAUUUCCCUGGAGAGAAGGGGUAUGUUAUGCCUGAAAGAUGAUAGCCUGAAUAAAGUUGGAUCCCCUUGCUGGGGAUCCUUGCACUGAAUCUUGCAGCUGUCCUUUAUUAACCCAGCAUUUGUCUUGAGAAGUCCUGGUGAGGUCAUUAGUCUGGAAGGUCACUAAACAGACUUUGAGCAGAAUUGCUUUUCAGGCCAGGAAGGGAGACUGAAUUGUACAUUGAAAAGCUGAGCAGUGCAAGAAGAGGUUUGUAUUAACCCUUACAGUAUUGUUUGGUACAGUAUUGUAAGAGGGAAAUUUUUGAUGCUGCCUGCACUGAUUUUUUUUUCCCCCCAUCCAGCCUGACUGAUGGCAAUUCAAGAGGGCAAACAUGAAUUCUGGCCUUUGCUAAACAGCCACAUAUGUACUUACUCCAGGGCAACUGCCUCUGUGUGCAGACAUACUCACCUGUUCAGAUGAUUAGAGGUGGUUGAGGGUUCUUCCAUGUCUACUAGUGUAGCAAGUAAAGGACAUCUGUACAUAAUUUGCCUGAUACCAUCACUCAAGGCUGUCCCUUUGAUUUUCAGCUGACAUGUAAUGGGAAGGUUUAAAGCAAAAAGAAGGACAGUACAGACAAUUUGUUUUCUCUGCACAAGCUGAGAGCAGUACAGAGGGAAUUUUAUUGUCUAAGUGUUAAAGGAAGCUGGAAGAAGUAUCAACAUGAGGGCCAUGGGAAGUGCGGUAAAAACUAAAUAAAAAUUCUGUGCUGGCUAUGUAAGAACACAGAACCACACUGAUUAAUUACAAAAAUACACACAUGAUACUGUUAUUAAAGAAAAAAAACUUUCAAUUUCUUAGUUCUGAGCUGUACCAGUGAUAAAGAUGUAAAUGGUUUGGAGCACUCUAUCAGUGCUGGAGUAGAAUACUGAUGUGCAUGGAAGGGGACCGCUCUGGUCCCACUAGCACCAUCUCAGCCCUGACCUGGAGGGAAACUCUGCUCUGCAGAGAUUAUGGGGGAUUCAGGGGCUUUCUGGGCCUAAACUGAGUUGCUCUUGAGCAGAAAGGGCCAGGGCACCACUGAAGGAGAGUGGUUGUGAUACAAGUAAACACCUGCUCAGAAGACACACAGAAAUAUUAAAUUCCCUAAGGAGUUCAGCUUGGCUGUAGAGGGCCAUCUCCAUCUUUCUCUGGGAGAGCAAACAUCAAGCCAGAAUAGCACUUGCUUUAAGUAAAAUUAGAAAUCCAUAAUGCAGGUCUGAAUGUUGUCAGGACAACAGUGCAAGGCCACUGGGAUGUGUGGUGUAAUUUCAGCCAGACUUGCACACACAAUACACCUGCGACACCCCCUGCCUAUACCUACUGUUUCAUUAUCUGGACCCCUUGAAAUACUUCACUCAGAAGAAGCAGGUAGCUAAAGCAACCACCUGAAGUGAUUAGCCAGUGCCACUGGAGCAAGGUCAAGCCAGUCUAAUCCAGACUCUUGCCCUUUGGCUAACAGGAGCUUUCUUCUGUUCAUGAUGGUUUCUUAAACUCUCAAAUUUUAAGGACAGUCAUGUUCCAGUCAAUACAACACCACACAUGAGUCUGCCUUAGGGAGCAGGCACCUGAUUAAGGCUUUCACCUGAAAUACUUAAAAGAAAAUUCAUCCUGUUAAGCAGAUUUGAAAACAGCAAUACAGCUACUAUGUGACUAUGUUUCAACUACAGUUCUGGAGUAAUUUAUUCUGAUAGAUCCAAGGAAACUGUACUGACCCAUACCCUCGACCACAGUAACUGAAAAAUAAGCACUGAAAAAAAAAGCACUCCAUUCCCACCUAAAACAGUUGCAAACACACGUCAAUUUCCAAAUAACUUCUUUAGCUUCUACCAGUAAAAAAAAAGGUUAGUGUGUCACAGACUGGACACCCAACCCUGCUCAUUAAUGUACAAAGUUUGUUUCAGAGUGAUGCUGUAGCAGAAAGUUUUGCUCACUAAUGAAUCUGUCCAUUAAAAAAAUUGCAGUUGGCCAGGUAUCAAUAGACUUGUCUACAUAAAAGUAUAAAGAGGGGCUCUUAUUUCAAGGUUUGCAUUAUGUUUAGAAUAGUUCUGCCAGUAAUAGGUCAGCAUUUGUUGAAGUCUUUCAAAGCUCACCUCAGCUUCACAUACAAUGCAGGCAGUUUCUAUCCAUUCCUAUUGUACACAGUUCCUUUCCACAGAGUUCACAGGACUUGUACUGCAGAACAGACAUCAUGUGAGACCUGACCACUGAAAUUUACAUCACAGAGCUACAUGAGUGACCCUAUUAAUAUUUAACAUAAAAAAUUAAUAGGACUCCUUGAGAUCUAUCUUCCUUGUUCUGCAGGCACUAAAGCAGUAUGACUUACAUUAUCAUUCCUUCUGUGUAGCUCUAAAGCCUGCAGAAGUGAAAAAGACUCUCAACACCUUUUUCCUUACAGUUAAAGGCAGACAGACCAGAAACCAGACCAAGUAGGUGGGGGAGGAAAGAAGUUGAAGUGCUAAACUUUGUCUUGCACUGCACCCUCAACUUUCUUACAGCAUAAAGCUAGAUUGCAUUAAUCCUCUCUGUCAUGAAAGAAUGUGGUUUUGUUUGUUAGGAAGGAAGCAAAGCUUUGUAUUGAAGUGAUUCAUCCUGUUACAAAGAUGGGGGGAGCAAGAGCAAGAAGGGGAGAACUCUAUGGUCCUUUUCCAGUUUCUUGUGCCAUCUGCUGAACUGGAGAUACAGAAACAGUAAGGAGCAGGAAUUCUACACAGAGAAACACAUUAGAAGGCUUGAAAAGGUCACCCUAGCAGAGCGCACUUGUCUGCUCCUGUGUCCAUCUUGAGAAGUUAAUCAACAUUAGAUAAAAGCAAAGAAUUAAACACUUCCUAACACAUAUAACUGUGCAACUAGAUCUUGAAAGAGAAUGUUCUUGUCUAGCUGCAGCUGAGGAUUAAGAGACCUUGAACUCUACCUGUCAUUCAUACCUUAAACAUCCAUUUCCUUUGCUUUUUCUAAGCUAAUAGCUUUUUCUAAGCUGUUGGCCUCAGUUACAUCCUGCAGGAAAGCUCUUAAUUACAAAGUCAAACAAAGCAUUUUGUUUUAAGCCAUUCUGCUGUGGUGAUCUAACACUGCUGAACACCCCUGUUGCUCUGCUCUCAAGAAAGCAUCAUUAACUUGCAGCUGACCCCUCACUUGUCUCAUCUGUUAUAAAGUCUUCCUCCCACCCCCACAUUUCCCCUUUCCAUCUAAAAAAGCUCAAGUCUGUCCAGUUAUUAAGUGUUCUCUGUAUUAAACUAAUUACUCUCAAGAGCUCUCCAGUUACUCUGAAUUAACCAACCCAUUGACUAAACAAAGUCAUAGUGAAGAUGCAUUCUAGGCAUCUAAUUUUUUUAAAAUUCCGGAUUUCAUCCACUUUAUAAUAAAAUCUGACAGUCAGUUUUCCCUUGCUGACUGCUGCUUGUAUUUAUCAUAUGAUUCACAGUGGCAUCUGAACUUUCAGUCUGCUGCAUAGUAAACAUUAUGCAAAGGCAGUUUGUGGCUUCCAAGUGGCCCAUAUUAUUUACAGGUAGCUGUGGUGCCUUUACAGCUAACAUCAUCAUUAGCAUCCAGACACUAAAUAUGUUAAUUUACAGCCACACAAAAAUGACCAGAGGACACGUUCAAAUGGGUGCUUGGCUCACUGCUGCUGUUAACUUCAGUUGUUGCAUGUAGCUGGAACAUAAGGGAGUGGACAGGUGUUGCACACACUGUAGAAACUGGCAUCCUCUUCUGGAUUAACCUUGUCUUGGCUCAGCAGCAAGUUCUGCCACCUUCUUACAGAUUUUCCUCCUGGUUGUACAGCACAGCAGAAAAGUACAGACUACAGAGGGAGAUUGGAAGGACUGACUGCAAUGGUAUGGAUAUGUCUCACAAGUUACAUCACAGUUAAGGAUGUACAAUUAGGAACCUGUAAGGGCUGAGUUAAAUCGCUUGUGGGUGGUGCUUCAAGGAUUAACUGCUUUAACUAGGCAGAAGAUCUGAUUUGUUUGGGGUUAAGAACCCAUUCUCUGCCACCAAAAUAGCUCUACUUAUUCUGAGGAUGUGGCACAGGAAUACCAUAACAAAAAAACUAGUAGAGCUAAGCUGCAUCAUGUUUCUAACAAAGAAAGGAAAGAAUAAGCUCAGUUCUAACAAAAUUAAAUAUGUGGUAUUUCAGAAAGUUUAGCUCCUUGUCAGUGCUGUGAUAAAACAAGACUGUUUCUCACCAGGAUACUCCCACUCCCAAGAUCAGUUUAUGCAUCCCCCAGAUCUAUGCAUCCAAAUCACUUUAAGACCAUGCCGUUCUGACUUCUGGAAAUCCCACUGUUCCCAUGGCCUAGGCCUCAAAUAGAGAGACACUGACAAUACUCCAAAUUUCUGACAAGCAUUACACUGCUGAAUCAGUAGUACAACACUCCCCCAAAAGAAGCAUAGGAAAUAAAAGGCCACAAGUGGCAGAAAGGCCCAGCCCUUUGGGAAAGAUUAGUCUAAGUGGUGCUGUUACAUACUGCAGCUAUCCAAAGAGCCAGAACACAAGCACAGCUCUGGCACUGGGGUAGGGAACUGCUUUCAGGAGGCUCUAGGGUGAGCUGUCAGGAAAGCAGCUGCAAUUUCCUUGAGCAGAGCUUCUCACAAACAGGUGUAUGCAACUCUGGCACUAACACUACAGGGAGGAAGGAGCAAGAGCCUCGUGAAAAGGAAAAAAUGCUUGUAAAACCUUUCACAUUAUUACAUCCUCCUUUAACUUUUUACUCUUAAAACUCGUACCUCACUGACUGGAGUGCCUGCCACAAGCUUUCUAGUAGCAGCCACUAGAAAUUAAUAGAGAGAAGGCUGAUGAACAGACAAUGUGAAGUUCAGGUUUUCCACCACCCCCCCGCCCCAUCUCCAUUGCUGGAACAAUUGAGCUCUCUUUGCCUGUUUUCAUGUAGCAGUAGUAUAGGCAUAUCCUGAUCCAGUCGACCACCAAAGGACCUACAGCAACAGUUCACCAGCAUUCCACUGUCUACCCUCUCAGAGACAAUGAAAUACUUUGAAAUAGGCAGGACUAAACAUACAGGAUGUGGUUUUUUUUCUGGAUGAGAAUAUAAAUCAGGCUGAGCAAAUUCAGACCUACUCUCACAAGAGCAAUGAUAAACAAAGUGUUCAUAAUGACAAAACCAGGAGUUUUUGUACAAGAUUCAGGGGCCAUCCCAUUCCAGCAUCACUUCUCCCUCAGCUCUGCAGGCCUUGCAGGGGUUGAAAACUUCUGUGCACACGGGGAAGAAGUACUGUUGACAAGAUGCUCCAUCUACUUGCUGUCAAGGCAAAGAUAGCAAGUCCACUGACCCCACUCAUUUAAUAUUCUUCCUGAAGCAAACUCCCAUUGAUGUACAUAUUUUUUUCUUUUUUUUUUUUUUUUUCCUUUUU